AUGAACUCUUCAAAAUCUUAAGAUGGUUUAGAAUUAUGUAGAGAUCUGAGAUUUUUAGGGCGCUCAGGAGUCAAAGUGAUUAAUGGAUUGAGAGUUGGUUAUCUUAGUGGAACUGAUAUUGAUAGUAUCACUUUUUAAGAUUAGAACAAUAAUCAACAUUUUAUGGGUAAUUAUUAUAAUCAAGCAGAUCUCUAGAAAAUAAUUGAUGAUUAUAAUGAAAUCGUGCAAUCAGAUAAAAGCCAGUAAAAAGGCAUAGAUUUAUUCUUUACAGGAUAGUGGCCUCUUGAUAUGAUAGAUGAACAGUAUUUAAAUUCCAGAUUUGUCAGUUUAGGAUCUAUUCCAGGAAAGCAUAAACCAACUGAAUCUAAAUAAGUAUAUAUUCAGGCUAUUGAAAUAUAACCCUUAUAACAAAUGAACAAGGAAGAACUCUACAAUCUUUAAACUCUAGAUCCUAAUGAAUACACUUAGAAUCCGUUUGAAUACUAUAGUUAAUAAGGAGACCUUGAGAAAGUUUUGAAGUAUGCAUAUGAUAGGAAACUUUAUCAUGGAGGAGUUAUUUUGAAUAUUGAAGAGGAGGAAUAGCGAAGAAAUUUUAGAGAUUAGUAUUAGAAUAAAAGGUCACAUAAUGAUGAUGCUGACUAUUAGUAGGAAGAGAAAAUUAUAUAUGUUGGAGGCUUUGAUAGACAUUUAGCCUUCGAGGAUUUAGAGGUUUUCCUUUAGAAAUAUGGAAAAAUUAAGUUCAUUAAUAGGUAAUUUGAUUAGAGGGGUAGAAGCAAAGGAUUCGUGUUCGUAGAAUUUGAAGAAAAGGAGAGUGCAUAAAAAGCUGUUGAAGAAAGUGGAAGAGCAAACAUUUUGGGUAGAAAACUAAUAAUGAAUUUUAAAAUGAAGAAAGUCAAAGUAGCUGAAGAUAAAGACUGCUGGUUUUGCUAUGAUAAUCCUAAUAUUGAGAAGCAUAUGAUAUUUGAUACUAGAAAGCAAUUUUAUGCUGCUUUGCCCAAAGGUCCAGUAGCUGAUGAACAUUUCUUGAUCAUUCCAAUGAAGCAUAUUGCUCAUUCAUUGGAGCUUGAUAACUAACAGGAGGAUGAAUACAAUGAGAUGAAAUAAGAUGCAAUUGAUUUUGUAACAUCUUAAAAAGGAUUGGAUUACAUAUUCUUUGAGAGAAAUGUACCAUUUAAGUUUUAAAAAGCACUACAUAUGAAUUCUUAAAUCAUCGGAAUACCCAGUGAUUCCACACUUGAAAUGAGAGUUAGAAAACUGUUAAAGGUCUUCGAAUAGUAAUAGUAAGUGAAAUUCACUGAAAUAGAAGACAAGGAUUAGGAUCUAAGAGCCGCCUUGCAGAAUGAUCCAACUAAGCAUUUCUUUUAUUUGGAAAUACCAGGAAUGAAAACAGCUAGAGGCAGGCAGAAGAUAAGAUUUUUCUGUGAAAUAUAAGAAGGGAAAACUAAGUUUGACUUGCAGUUUGGAAGAGUCCUUGCAUGUCACAUUCUCAAUGAAAAGGAAAAACUAAAUUGGAAGAACUGCGUUUUGGAUAAAGAGGGUGAGGAAUAGCUUGCAAAAUAAUUUGAAAAUGAGAUGCAAGAAUUUUUGAAGAAAAAGAAAUGA